AUUACGGAAUUUAUGAGAAAUAUAUUAUAGCUCACUAAUUAAGAAAUAAGUAUCAUCAAUUUGAUAAAAACCCAUUUCUUAAGUUGCAAAUAAGGCGUUGCUAACCUAGAAAGUUGAGGUCAGCCUUCCUCCACCGGCCUCCCAUAAAGGGGAAAAAACAAUUGAACUCUAUGUUUGCAUCCAAAUAAAUCUCGCCAUAACUGCGAUAUAAUCCAACAACUACUGUUAGAUCAUCUCUUUUUUAAUUUUAUUUUGGUAUAAGAACAACACAGGCGUCAGCCUCCUUCCAUAUCUUCUUCAGGAAGGUAGAAGUCAUUUAUCCAUUUAAAUCAGUGAUGUCGAGCUCAAAUACAUCUACAUUGCUGUUUCCAUCAGAAUACUCAGGACAUGGCCCAAAGCAAUCAGAAAGCUCAAAUGGAAACCGAUAUCGACCUUUGUUGCAUCAAAGUUGGUGCUCCUCUCAGGGUCCUGUUGCUAUUCUUUGGGACAUGGAGAACUGUCCCGUGCCAAGUGAUGUGCGGUCUGAAGAUGUGGCUGGUAACAUUAGGAUGGCCCUGCGAGUUCAUCCUAUAAUUGAUGGAGCUGUAACAAUGUUUUCGGCAUAUGGGGAUUUUAAUGCUUUCCCUAGGCGAUUAAGAGAAGGAUGCCAGAGAACUGGUGUGAAGCUCAUAGAUGUCCCGAAUGGACGUAAGGAUGCAUCCGACAAGGCAAUAUUGAUCGACAUGUUCCUUUUUGCUCUUGACAAUCCUCCACCAUCUUCCAUCAUGCUGAUCUCAGGAGAUGUUGAUUUUGCUCCUGCUCUCCAUAUUCUAGGUCAGCGAGGAUAUACUGUAAUUCUUGCUAUUCCUUCUAGAGUGGGGGUGUCAUCCGCCCUUAGUAAUGCAGGUAGGUUUGUAUGGGACUGGCCUAAUGUUGCUCGUGGGGAAGGUUUUAUGCCUCCGGCUAAAGCAAUGAUUCCAUCUCGAGGAGUUGCAGGGGAUCUUGCAGGGCUCUUGGUGGGAUGUCAUAUUAACAAUUAUAUGGAUGGUGAAAAUGAAGAGGAGUCUAUAGUGUAUAGGGGGAUCUCAAAAGGCUACUGCAGCACGAGAGAUUUAUCUUUUGUAUCACGGUCUGCAUCCGAGCAUAAAAGUAUUCCAAUUGCACUGCCCUCAGAUCCUAUGAUUUCUCAAUCUCUUAGCCUUCCGUCUAGCUUGGAUGAAGUUUCAUCAGGAAACCUUGCUUCAAGUAAACAAAACGACUCGACUUGGGUGCAGCCAAGAGAUCUAAACGAUUUAAAGGGCCAACUGAUAAGGUUGCUUGAAUUGGCAGGUGGCAGUUUGCCUCUGACCCGACUUCCGGCAGAAUACCAAAAAUAUUACGGGAAGCCUCUGUUUGUUUCUGAAUAUGGGGCAAUUAAGCUUGCGAACCUCCUUAAGAAGAUGGGUGAUGCGAUUGCUAUUCAAGGAAAAGGCCAAAAAAAGUUUGUCUGCCUCUAUAACACUAAAUCUGGAGCAGUUGGUACUCCUGUAAUUUUGUCUAGGAGGGAUAAGAAAGAAAAAGAAUCUCAGGAAGACAAUGUUGAUGCAACGGCUGGAAGUGGCUCCUCAGAUGAGUUCUCAGGUGACGAAACAGUAGUAGGAGGAGGACAUGAUGGUAGGCAAGAAGAAGAAAGUUCUAAUCUCGAGGUUGUCAGUCAAUCUCUAAUUGUUGACACAUGCCUGAACAAAUUUAAGUAUGAGCUUCAAGAGAUCAUGGUGAGCUACUCUUGCCGGAUAUUUCUUGGUUCUUUUGAGUCCAUAUACCAACAGAGAUACAAAAAACAACUGGAUUAUAUGAGCUUUGGUGUGAAUAAUCUGGAGGAGCUGUUGGAAAAGGUGCAGGAUGUGGUUCUCUUGCAAGAGGAACCCAUAAGUAAAAGAAAGUAUUUGUUUGCUGCUUGUGGCUAAAAGAAAAUGUCGCUCCUGCUUCAUUCAUUGUAGGAACAUCUUUCUCACCUGAGGUAGAUCCACUGCUUCCUUAAUCCUAGUCCUCAUUCUUUUAGUACCUUCUCUUUAUUUUUCAACUAGAAAUGAGACAACAUAAUGACUGUAUACUGUGACUACAUUUGAUUUUUUUAUGAAUAGGUGCGUAUAAAAUGAUCAUUGAGACCCUCAUCUAGGGUGCUGAGUCUGAUCAAAUGAUUAAACCGCAAAUUGGAGAUCUUUCUGUUUGUUGACUUUUAUAUUCAUUGUUGACUCAUGAUGAUAGAAGUUACUAUACUGUAUUGUCAUUUAAUUAAGGAGAUGUUUGCUUUGUGAUUGUGCUGUUUUAUGUUAGAAUUCUGGUAGUCAGAUGAAACCUCUGGUUAGGUUCAAUGCCGAUGAAAGAAGGAUCAAAGUUUGGUGAAUUAAGCUUCAUCCACACGUAAAUUGGCUUCGAUGGGGGGCUCAAUCUAGCAAGAAUUCAUAUAGUGCUAAGGAGAAGAAUCCCUCCAAGAGUUCAUGAAUAGUUGAAUAAUAAUGCUCUCUUCGUCCUAGUUUAACGUCCCAAAUUUCAUUUUUUGGGAGUCCCAUUUAUAAUGUCCCAACUAAAAAAAGAAAAUAAUUUACUAUAUCUACUCUCUCUAUCCCUCUCUCUUAUUUUUUCACUACUCUCUCUAUCUCUCUCCUCAUUUACUUUAUCUAUAUUUUCUUAGAUUGCGUGUCCCAUUUUUUUGGUACAUUAUUAUUGGGACAAAGGGAGUAAUAAUUUCGCAGCUUUUAUUUGAUUUGGGUUAAUGUUACAAUGAAAUUCUGUUUUGUUCACGGUUAUUGAUUUUCGGUAAGCUAUCAACGUGUGAAUUGUGAAUUUGUGUGAAGGCAAUCUCAGAAUUAUGUAGGCAUAGACAUGAGAUACGGACCAUAUGUUUCUUCAAUGCUUUUUCCCCUUCUUAAUUUGUGGCAUAGCUGCAUAGGAUGCUUAAGGAUCUAGGUCUUCUAUGGGUAUUUCCACUAUCGAUACAUGAUUUAUUGAUUUAUUCUUAUCAACGUCGAACUUACUUAGUAUAAUGGGUCAUGGGAUCACCAUGUUGGUUUCUAUGGUUAGAAAAGAUUACAUGAGAUUUUGAGAACUUGGAGGAAUCCCUGAUGAAAUCUUGGAGGAUUAGAGUUAUAGUUGGUUGGUAGUUGUCAAACCUCAAAGUUUCCUGAUUCUUCUAGUUUUCAUACUAUUAUGGUGUGGAGUAGGCUCUUUAGCUGGUCAAUUAUGUUCCUUCUUCAAGAUACCUUGUCCAUCUGUAGCAUCUUUCCUUUAUAAUUCAUAAGAAUUUCUGGUCUCAUAUUGAAAAAAGUUCCGCAUAAAUAAUUGAUCCUGCUUCUGAAGAUUCCUCUUUUUAUCUACACAGUUUCAUUGUCUCUAUCACUAACUUAAGGUUCUGAUGACUUUGCUCGGUUUUCAAAUGCAUUGAGGUCGGAGCUGACCUAUUAGUACUGCUUUGUUAGUUUAGAAUAUUUGUAUUUCAGUAUGAGCUAACCAUAUGCUGUCAAGCACAUAGCAGUCAGCCAAUACUGGGCAUAUAGAUUGACACUCGUCAUUUUAGUUUCUUGGUUUAAGUAUAGGGAGCCUUUAAUAAAGGAGGGUAUGGGCCUGUGAGCAAGGGGAUGAAUGAAAUCAAUUAUGAAGGGUAACGGGAUCCACCCACUAUGCUAUGAAAUGAUACUGAUUGGGAAUUGCAUACCUACGAAAGUGCUGCUCAAGAAUUUUCAAAUGAUGGGAUAAAUAUAUUUCUCAAGUACCAGAGUUUUGAAAAGCAUUACUGCAUCUGUAACGAUCCCAUGCUUAGUUAGUUGAUAAAUUGAAGGCAAAUGGCAUCACAUUGGCAAACUUUGCUGUAGUUGACGCGUUCCAUAAAUAAUCCUCUGAAAUGGCUCCAACUUUUCUGCAGCUGAAGUCAAAUUCUGCAUUCCAUUCUAAUGGGAAGCAUUGGAUGUUAAUGAUCUUUUCAUAUUGGUUAGGACUUCUGCUUCUCGACAUUAGGGUUCGGUUAUACAUUAGCAUGGAAAACUCAUCUCCGCGAAUGCUGCAUGUCUGGUUUUUGACCUGCUGAUGAACGAAAGAAUCGGGAGAUUCAGGUACCGGUUCAGCUUUUGCUUGUAAGGCAACUGAGGUUUCAAUUUAUUGUCAUUUGCAAA